AUGGAUAUUGCGGCGAUGGACCCGGCGGUGCAUGGGGUUGACGAGGAGCUACCGAUCCUCGAACGGGCGGAUGAUGUUAUCGAACGUCUAACGCAGCGUUGGGGCGAUAUAGCGCUGGAGGAGGAGGAGGAAAUUGGCUUUGAGCCGGUGAGGGAAGACGUUGGGGUGGUGGCGGAGGAGGAGGAACAGCGGUGGGUGUGUGUUGGCGGAUUCUUGACAACAAAGGUGGUGAAGUUGGAGUACAUGCGGCAGGUGAUGGCCUCGGUUUGGCAACCGGUGUGGGGUAUGCAUGCUACAGAGAUUCAAUCGGGGUUGUUUAUGUUCAUCUUUUGUGAUGAAACGGAUAUGCGGAAGGUCCUCGAUGAAGGGCCGUGGUCUUUUGAAAAUAGCACCCUGGUUUGUAAACAGGUGGAACCGGGUACAAGGUCGGCAUCGGUUGAGUUAAAAUCGGUGGAUAUGUGGGUGCAACUUUAUGACUUACCGUUGGGAUAUACGUCGGAAGCAGUCCUUGAGCAAGCGGCCAAUUUUAUUGGUACAUUUGUGAAAGUAGAUGAUCGGUAUCCGGGUGCACCGUGGAAGACGUUUCACCGGGUCCGUGUGUCAAUACCGGUGGAUAAGCCGCUAAAACGGAGGAUGAAACUUAUUAAGCGGGAUAAGGCAAGCUGCUGGGUAAAUUUCCGCUACGAACGCUUACAUAAUUUUUGCGUUUAUUGUGGUUUACUGGGGCAUGCAUAUAGGUUUUGUAAGCUUUUGUAA